AGUGGAUACUUCGAGCUUGUUAGUAAUAUUUUUAUACCGGUAAAGAUGAUACCAAAAGAUAUAUGUGAUCUCUUAGAAAAUGCUCUAGAAGACAAGAUAGAAAAUUUUGAAAUUCAGGAACAUGAAGGCAACGAAAAAGGUCAGGGACAUUUAGGUGAAAUGGUAUUCUUAUCCUUGAAAAACAAAAAUACCGGCGAAGAUCAUCAUUUAGUGGUUAAACAAUGUCUCGUAGGUUCUGAAGAAACUAGCAAAUUUAUGUCAAUAUGUUUUAUGAACGAAGUGCAUUUUUAUACAAAAGUAAUUCCAGCUCUACAAGAGUUCCAAAAGUCUUAUCCUAAAGUUGAAAUUUUUAACAAUAUACCAAAAUGUUUUGCAACGAGCUCAAAAAAAGGAAAAGAAAAACUUGUAAUGGAAAAUUUAAAGCUAAAAGACUACAAAAUCCAUCCUAAGAAAAUACCCCUAAACAGUAAAAUGUAUGAAACUAUUUUUAAAACGUAUGGAAAGUUUCAUGGAAUCUCCUAUGCUUUUAAACAUUACCAUCCUCAAAAGUUUAACGAAUUAGGCGCAGGGUAUCAUAAGAGUGUGCAGAUGUUAUUUGAUCAAGGUCUCAUGCAAAGAGGAAUUAGCAGUUGUUGUAACAGGACAAAAGAAUUUUUAGAAGAAGAAGAUGAAAUAAAAAUUCUCGAUAGCUUCAAAAAAUUUUCUGAUAACGGUUCUCAAAUGUUCCUCAGUGCACUUGAAUACAAAAGUCCGUAUUCAGUUUUUAUCCACGGUGACUGUUGGAGUAAUAAUAUGAUGUUCAAAUAUAAUAAGUCGGGUGAUAUAGAAGAUAUUAAAUUGUUCGACUUCCAAAUGGCUGCGGUAGGUUCACCUGUUUUGGAUCUGACAUACAGUUUCUACUCAGGAGCUGACGAAGAAACCAUAUCUAACUUGGAUCAUUUCCUUGACAUCUAUUAUGAAAGUCUUAGUGAGACCCUCAAGGAGUAUGGAUGUAGUGCAGAAAAAAUUUUGCCAUUUAGUGAAUUAAAAAGAGAAUGGAAAGAACACAACGCAUUUGGUGUUUUAAUGGGGUUAAUGAUAUGGAGUAAUAAAAAUUUGGAUCCAAAUGACACACCAAACAUCGCUGAUCUAUUGGACGCAGAUUCCCCAAGCGAAGAUAUUAGUCACUUUGUACAGAAGACGGAUUCUACAGGUUUUAAAAGAGCUAGUUUAUCAGUCAUGAGACAUUUGUAUAAAAAUAACUUUUUAUAACUAAUACUUUCGUACUUUUAAUGCUUUGUAAUAUUUAGUAUUUUAAGGAAAUUUUUUAUUCUAGUUUAUUACAAUAAUUGUUAACUUUAUGUUGUUAAAAUAAACAGUAAAAAACUGUCGGGAACAUUUAUAUUAAUAUAGAGUUCUUAUUUAAAAAUAGUUUUAUU